UAACUCAUUCGUCAGAGAUGUUGAGUUGAGAAUAGCGCGUGUGGUGUGGUAAAAUGCUCGUUUAUUUUUGAAUUCACGCCGCCAAUAAUAUGUACUGUUCGUAGAUAAAUUUAUCGAUGAAAUUAUGUUGUUUAAAAUUAUGUUGUGUUGAUAUUGCAGAGUGAAAUUGUGGUGUAAAAUGUCCGCCGCUGCUUCCGGAAUUAAUUUGAAGAAAAAUAAGAAGGAUAAUGCUGAUAAAGAAAUGAAGGAGUACGCGGAAACGGCAAUGAACGAGUUGCUAGGUUGGUACGGAUACGAUAAAAUGAAUACCGGAGAUACUCAGGCGUUGAAUUUGAGUUUAUUUUCAGCGUCCACCUCGUUCACUCGGACGCCGACGACGACGACGACGCCACAGCGUAAAAGAAGCUCGACCAGCGUUACCGCCGCCAGCUCUGCAGCUGCUGUCAGCUCCGAUGGAUCUUUGUCGUCUUCUUGUUCGGAAGACAGUAUAGGUGGCAUAAAUAGCAACAGCAGUAUUAGUCCUGCUAGAAGAGAUGGUUCCCUGUCACCUUCUCCAGCCAAUGUUUGUGUUCCGGCUGGUUGCGCUAGUUGCGGAUGGUGUCAUAAAAUAGGCCCUGUUAAAUGCUUCACGUUCAAAAUGGCCAAUUGCAAUAAGGUCUUCUGUUCGGAGGUCUGCUUCACGCAUUACAGAAGAGCGAAUUUCAAACGUAACAAGACGUGUGAUUGGUGCAGACAUGUUCGACAUACGGUCAAUUACGUAGAUCUGCAGGAUGGUGAUAGCCAGUAUCAGUUUUGUAGCGACAAAUGCCUGAACCAGUUCAAACUAGACAUAUUCUGCCAAGAAACGAAAGAACACCUGGAAAUGCACCCGCACCAUCAAGAACAGCUGCAGAAUCUAGAAGGUACCUCUUUAUCUACCUUGAUCACCCCCGACCUGUGGCUGAAGAACUGCGCAUCGCCUCCUCGUUCUGAUAAAUCUAGAUCGUCGACUCCACCAAUCAACGUAUCUCCCGACGACGAGUCACCCAACACCAGUCUAACUAUAGAAUUGCGAAAAGAAUACGCCACCUUGCCCGACGAACCUGCAUCGAAAAAGAAAUGCAAACGGUAUUCCAACGAGGUGAUAAAGAAAAAGAAAAGUAAAAAACUCGUCAACAAGUUACGCCCUUUGCAAUUGCACAAAGUAGACGAGACGUUGAAAUCUAGUCAGACUCAUACCGAACCUACCCCACCGAGGAUACCAUUUUACCCAAAUUUCUCUUCAAUGCUGCCACCACCUAACGCUGCAGCAGCCACCAAUAAUACACCCGAGUAUCUUCAAAGACCGCAGUAUUUCCAGCCACUGGCGACUCCAGCAGUUACACCUUCUAGACCAUCGGUAUCGGCUCCGGUUGUGGGGAGGAGUUCGUUGGCUAAUUCUCAAAUACCUCCAUUGCUACCGAUCACCAGACCUCCUCAGAUUAUUAAUCAGAAUCCACAGCCUGUCUCUCAACCUCCUCCACCUCCUCAGGUUCUACCUGUUGCAGCUGCGAAUGCUGCUCAGAACUCGGCUCCUAAGUCUAUACUACCUCCUCCUACGGUUCUCGUACCGUAUCCUAUUGUAUUACCUAUUCCUAUACCCAUUCCUAUACCUAUUCCUCUACCUAUUUUUUUAAACGAUGCGAAGAAAACGACAGAUGAUAAGACUCGUGAUGAAGAGGAACAAGAAGCGGUAGAGUUAGAGCAAGAUAAAGUAUCUCCUCCUCAGUCGCCCGUUAAUUUGAUACCCGCAGUUCAUACGAAAUCGAGUAAAAAGAAAAGGAAAAAGAUGUGCUCUUCGGAAGAAGAUUCGACUUUGAAACAUUUAGUCGAGAAUUAUUAACCUCUGUCUACUCUGUUUUUCAUUUUUUGGGUUGCUUUUUUUCUUAAUCUUCGUGCUGACGAACCACCUAUAGUACCUACUACCUACCUUCGUUUUAAUCGAGUAAUUUUUAUUAUUAAUGCAUUUAUUUGUGUGUUUGUAUUUGUUUUUUUCUUCUUCUCUUUAUCUCUGUUUUUUACUUCCGAAUAUUAAAGUUUCAUUUUUCA